AUGGAAAAUUUUCUGAAAAGAAAAUUAUCAAUAUCCGAAUCUGACAGUGAUGACGAUGAAUGUGAAAAUCUAAUGAGUCAAGAUCAAUCUUUAGCCGAUGCUGAUGAUUUAAAAAACGAUCCUCAACUUCUAUUAAAGGUUUCAAUUUCAGCUGCUAGAUAUUUGUUGAAAUGUGAAAUACCUUUUCAUGUGGCUGAUGAGUCCGAAAUGCCUUUUCAAAGUGGAAUGUUCUUGGAAACAAUAAAACUUAUCCGAGAUACAUGUGAAAAUGUUCGUGAGGCAUCAUUGCAAAAUCCUGAAGAGAGUAAUCGAGUGGAGACUCUAAAGGAAAGAUGCUUACCGUUAGACUUGCAGGUCGGCGUUUGUGGAGGAGGGACGGAGGAAGACGCUGAGUCUGGAGAGGAAGAGGUUGGAGGACGACGAAGUGGCUGA